AAUGUAUGUGAGGAGCACUGCCUUAUUCCUGUAGCAAGAGAACUAUUUUGUAACAAGUGAAGCUGGGAAUGUGCAAGGAGGAAUAUCCUGUGGCUGUUUUAAAAGAAGAAGGACUUCCCUGCAUGACUUGGUGAUGCACGAGAAAAUAACUUUCAGAAGAGUGCCGCUGCAUUGUUCCUGAGGAAGUCUGUGUUUUUAACCUAUGGCAUUUCUUCAAAAGGUGUGACAACAAAGGCUGACAAGCGACUCUCCGAAAUGCCUAUACUUUAAAAAAGACUUUUGACAAUGUUAACCUUGUAUCAGGACGACCUUGGAAGCCUGUUGGGUGGAUUCAUUCCUGCAUUAUUCCUUUCAUUAUUUCAGACUCUAGGAUUUAAACUCAUCUUGAUGUGUUAGAGGUAUUUUAAAACAAAAUCAUUUUACAACCUACCCAAUGGCCCCUAUGCUAAUUGAGUACUUGCUCAAAAUAGAAUGCAGAAAUAGAAGAGACAUUUUAAAAAACAUAUGGCUGCUACAUAACUGCAAAUAUAGCAAACAAGGUAAAUUUCUACUUUCAGAAGAUUUAGUUGAAGUUUCUUUAUUGUGUUAAUUAUCUAAUGAAAAUAGAAAAGGCAGAGAAGUAUAGAUUAUGCUGUCUACUAGAAAUACCUAAGUAGUAAAUAAUGGCAGCUUUUCUAGUCAGAUAAGCUCAGAGUAGAUAGGAAAGUUUCCAUUAUUGUCUAAAUUUCAUGUAAAUUCACAGAUAUAUUUGAGACAUAGGUGUGGUUGCAAGGUGAGCAAUAACUUUGAGCUGUAUAUUUUAUGGUCAUGCUUCAUUUUAAGGAAGGUGGCAUAUCAGACAAUGAAAGUUAAUGAUGCUGAAAUUAAUAGCAAAAUGAUGUAUUUUUCUUUUGAAAAGGAAGAAGUAUAAAUUACAUUGUUGAUGGUAGCACCAGUAACUGUAAUAUACUAAAACUGUUUGUUGUUUUUCUGAGCACUUAAAAAAUGCAUGCAGGAUGAAAAGUUUGUCAUAUUUUGUCAGGUGUUAACCCAUUACCUAUUAUCUUCCUACUGGAAAUAUGUAUUGUUUUGUUUUUCGCAUGAAAGCUAUAUGGCAAUCUGGAGUCUGUUACCUCUGUUCUACUCCUUUGUGCCCAAAUACAGAUGAGUCUUUUGGAAUUAGCCUUUUCCAGAAAGGGGGUAGUGGUGGCAGUUCUUAGCUUCUUAAAGAAAUGAGAGAGAAAUGGAUCAUAAAGUUGACCCACCAGCAUCAAACCCUCAAAUGAGCCUCAAAACACUUUUUGUUACAAUGAACUUUUUCUUAGCUUUCCAGCCAAAUCUGAGAUCUUAAUUAUUUAAAUUCUAAAAUAUGAAUCCACUUCUUAUGUUAGAUGAAACAGGAAGCCUGAGACAAUUUCAGACUUUUUCUUUUCUCAUUCUUUCUAGUUGAUCCUUAAGAAACAGCCUUUCUGAGGAGGACAAACAACCCACAGAAGCUUUUCUUCUCUUGGCAAUUGCUUUUUUUCUUUUUGCAGCUUUAAUUUUUUAUUGUGCAAGGUAAUAAAUCCAUUUUCUCUAGAAGUGCCUUGUGUCUGCAAAAAGUUGUUUGAGACCACCAGAGGAUGCUAAUGGUGACCUUUCCCCACCUCCGCUGUAGCUUAUUCUCCUCCCUCUCCCCUUAAAACUGAGGUGUGUCACUGCUCACUGAGGCUGAUGAAGAGACUUGAGUCCUUUCUGGGAUGCUCAGCUGUGACAGAAGCACUGCCACCGUCUCCCGAAGCUGAUUCUGAGACUCUCAGGUGCAGAGUUUAACAGAUGCUGGCAGGGCACCGGCUUGCUGUAGCCCAGGCUGCAGGUUCCCUCAAUUCCAAGCCAUGAACGAAUCCAGGUGGACUGAAUGGAGGAUCCUAAACCUGAGCAGUGGCCCUGUGAAUGUGUCUGAGCGUCACUCCUGCCCACUAGGAUUUGGCCACUACAGUGCAGUGGACAUCUGCGUCUUUGAGACAGUUGUUAUUGUCCUGCUGACAUUUCUGAUCAUUGCUGGGAAUUUAACAGUCAUCUUUGUCUUUCACUGUGCUCCACUCUUACACCAUUAUACCACCAGCUACUUCAUCCAGACGAUGGCAUAUGCUGAUCUUUUCGUUGGAGUUAGCUGCUUGGUUCCUACUCUCUCACUUCUCCACUACUCCACAGGUAUCCACGAGUCACUGACUUGCCAGGUUUUUGGAUAUAUUAUCUCUGUUCUCAAAAGUGUUUCUAUGGCAUGUCUUGCUUGCAUAAGUGUGGAUCGUUAUCUUGCAAUCACCAAGCCUCUCUCCUACAAUCAACUGGUCACCCCUUGUCGGCUGAGAAUUUGCAUUAUUUUAAUCUGGAUCUACUCCUGCCUAAUUUUCUUGCCUUCUUUCUUUGGCUGGGGGAAACCUGGUUACCACGGUGACAUUUUUGAAUGGUGUGCCACCUCUUGGCUCACCAGUGCCUAUUUUACAGGCUUUAUUGUUUGUUUACUUUAUGCUCCUGCUGCCUUUGUUGUCUGCUUCACUUACUUCCACAUUUUCAAAAUUUGCCGGCAGCACACCAAAGAGAUACAUGACCGGAGGGCCCGGUUCCCGAGCAAUGAGGUGGAUUCCUCUGGAGAGACUGGACACAGCCCCGACCGUCGCUAUGCCAUGGUCCUGUUUCGGAUAACCAGCGUCUUUUACAUGCUGUGGCUCCCCUAUAUUAUUUACUUUCUUUUGGAAAGCUCCCGGGUCUUAGACAAUCCAACACUGUCCUUCCUAACAACCUGGCUUGCUAUAAGUAAUAGUUUUUGUAACUGUGUAAUAUACAGCCUUUCCAACAGUGUUUUCCGGCUAGGCCUCCGAAGGCUUUCCGAGACAAUGUGCACGUCUUGUAUGUGUCUGAAGGAGCAGGACACAAGAGACCCCAAGCCCAGGAAACGGGCCAAUUCCUGCUCCAUUUGAAGAGAACUGCCCAGUAAAUCAAGUGUAAUGGAUAGUGGUUUGUGUUCAUAGUCUUGAUUCAUCUGGAAAUUUGCCACUAGAGAAAUAUUUACUUGAAUAGUAAUAUGAGAUGAAGGGACUAAAGGUUUCAUUUUUUUCUCUUUUUUCAUGGAGGAAAAAACUAAAGGAAAGGAUGUAUAGAGAGUAAUCUCAUGAGAUAAAUAUAGUAUGUGAGUGUCAAUGUGCAGUAGUGGGAAAAAUUAAGCACUGAGGAUGACAAAAGUAAGGAUGCGAGCCAAGCCCCUCGGUGUCUUUCUCUCUGAUUGAACUCUGUCCUCUG